AUGAGCCCGGCCGAAGAACAAAACACGCUUGAUACUUUGGCAGGUGUAUCCUCCGACAGCGAUGACAUCGCCGAAACAAUCUCGACCUCGAACUUCCAACAAACGACACCCCAAGUUAUCAACAACAUGAAGUCGAUGACUGAGGAAAUCAUCGAGAAGAGGGUUACCUUUGCUCAGCAAAAGCUUCUGGCAUCCUUGAAAGCCAAGCAUGAGCUCUUGAGCAAAACCUCUUUUGCUCAGCCCAUUACGACAAGUCUUCAUACUCUAGAAGCACAUCUCGACACCACCUUGUGCAGCGCCAUAGAUAGUAUGCCAACAUUCAAAGAGGAUGCUGAGAAGCUGAAGCAAGACUUGGACACAAGUCUAGAUGAGGCCAUAAACACAUAUAGCGAAUGA